AGACAUAUGAAACUAACGCUAUGUCUCCGUCUGAUGGACUCCCCGAUGACUGCUCAGCUGAUUAAACAGUUCGUCCCUCGGGAGACUCCUAUCGUGAAACCUCGGGCUACUAAUUGGUUUCCUGGCCAUAUGCCAAGCGGACUCAAGCGAAUGCAGAUGUGAGACUCUUGCAGAUGACAAGAGUUACAGACUGUAUCAUAGAAGUUCAUGAUGCCAGGAUUCCUUUUACCUCACGAAACACUUAUGCAAACCAGAGCUAUGCAGGUCGACCUAGGAUCCUACUUCUAGCCAAGGCAGAUCUAGUGAGCCCACACGAAUUAGAUAUGAUCUGCAAGCAGAUAUCAGUUAAAGAAGGUAUCCCAGUAUGCGCUACUUCAAACACAGUAAAACAGAAAAGGAAGUUUCGGGGCCUUAUCAAAGAUGGAGUAUCCAUGGCUAAUGCAGACCAGCUGACAAUCGCAAAACCUCACUAUACUUUCUUUGUAUCAGGAAUACCCAAUGUUGGCAAAAGCUCCUUCAUAAACACGUUUAAAAAGAAUUUGUACCACGAUAAAAACAAAUUAAAAGUAGCUCCACACCCAGGUGUCACCAAGAAAAUAUCAAAUAGACUGAAAAUUCUGGACGCUCCUAAAGUGUACAUCUACGACACCCCAGGUGUUAAUUUACCUGUACUUGAUAAUCCAGAGUCUAUAAUGAAAUUAGCUGCUUGUGGUGCUGUCCCCACUACAGUUGUUGGCCAGAUACAAGCUGCAGAUUAUAUUUUGUUUUGGUUGAAUAGAAAAGGUCAGUAUAAAUACGCCUUCCAGUGUGGUCUCGCUGGUCCUUCAAAUAAUAUAAUAGAGGUUCUGGCUUACUAUGCCAGGCGGCGGAACCUCAUGCUUCAUGGAAAACCUAUCAUUAACGAUGCUGCUGAACAUUUUGUAGCUAUGUUCAAUAAGGGCGAGCUUGGACAGGUUAUUUUAGAAGAUUUUUAGGUUUUUUAUUUUGAUUUGGUUAUUCAGGAGAUC